CACUGGCAAGUGCAGGAAAGGAACUCAAAGAUAACUUCCUGAAAGCAUUGGCACAGCGUGAGGAGGCUAACCGCAGUGGGCAAAUGACUUCAAUUAUUUUUAUAAGGGAUCGAAAUGCUCUCGGACAGGAAAUAUCUGGCUAUAUAGACUACUCCCACAGACUGAAAACUGAAGAAUUCGAACAAUAUUUCAGUGGAAAGAAGAGGCUUCUGCCAAGAUCAACGGAUUUAAGCUUCUAUAACUGGGACACACAAGUGUCCACCUCCAACCCAAGUGCCAACUACCAGGUGAUCGCAGAGAACUCCUCAGGCCUGCUCUUCAAGAACAAGAGAGACCGAAAGAUCCUCAACGUCGAUCCAAAGGUGUCUCCUGGGGACAACUCCACCCGGAUCCCUCUCCAGUCAGACCUGUACACUCAGGUGGUCAUCUACGACCACACCACCAGGAGGAAGGCCUAGGGCUCUGCCGUGGCACGCUGCAGUCAAACACGGAUUGAAAAGCACCACAAGCCUCUAAUUUCAUCUACAUAAAAGUUGUUUUAGUGCCCUGUUAGUGGACGUGUCGUUCCUCGUAUCAAGCUUACCAUCUGGGUGUGGGAAGGGUUGCAGUGAUCAGGCUUUGAUAAGCUAGGAUAGGCACAAUGCUAAACACAAUUGAUAUAAUUUUGCACCCUAACCCAAGUUGUGUGUUUGAUGUGUGUGGAUGUAGUGUUCCAACUGCUCACAUUCUCCUCCCCCCACCCCCACACACACACACACACACACACACACCCUCCACCCCUGUGUUUGUCCCUUAACUGUUAGUAUCCCCGCAGGGCAGGCAAGGCCCGGUCUGUUUGUGGUCCCCAGAGCGCUGGGCUGGCUGGGCUGGGCCGCGAGUCUGCCGGGGCUGCCGGGCCGCUUCACCCGGCCUGCUCCCCUGUUUGUCUAAACAAACUAAAGACGUAAGAACUGUGGACGAGGGCAGCUUGUAUGUCCUCGUCCAGGCAGGACGCCAGGAAUCCUGCCAGUCUUCACAGAAGGGAAAACGUACUUAAAGCAUUCCUCAUGUUCCCAGAUAGCAGUCAGACAUGAGAAACAUCAAAGCACUCUAUCAUUUACAUAUCACUCAUUCAAUGACUAUUAUUUCAGUGGAGAGAAAGGGCAUUUACAAAUAACUGUCUCUGUGGUGGUGGAGUGGUCGGGAUGUUUCGUUGGCACCCUCUCUCUCUCUCUCUCUCUCUCUCCCUCUCCCUCUCGAUGUGUUUUCAAUUUGUUGUUUCCACUGCUUUGAUUGUAGAUGCACAAAUAAAUUACUCAAGGGCAUGUCAAGAAGUGGGUGAUAUGUUUCAUUACCGAAAGACAACAGCAUUGUAUGCAUCAUUAAAUAUCCUGUACAUUUUGUUUUGUUCUGUGAAAAAGCCAUCGUGGUUUUGGACAUUUAUUUCACGCUGAUUGGGUUUGAAAUCUUAUCUGGAUUGGUGGGCACUAAACUGGCAGAGGGUUUGCAUUGGUGAUUCCUGUUUGGCCUUAUUUGGUUUUGAGGCUUUCCACAGCC